GAAAUUAUGAUAGUCUUUGUCCUGUCUGUGUCUGUCCCAAAAGAUGUUCAUGAAUAUAUUGCGCAAUAAAGAAUGGUGAGACAAUCAGAGUAAACACAAGCUGCACGGGGAGAGGGGAGCCAUGGAGUGCAAAACUUAAAGCUGUGUGCAUAAAUGCACUAUCAGAUUAGCAUUUAAUAUGUUAUAUGACUCCUCUUUUCUCUUUCUUUCUUUCUCCUAUUCCUAGUACUACACACUUCUCUCUCAGACAUAGACCACCCUGAUUUAGAAACUGAAGACAAAACAAAAGAUUCACCCAUACAGUUUUGGUUUUAAAAUUGCCAUCAGCAAUUGUAUUAAAGAUAGCCAUAACAUCUCGUGAAAAACCAAGGGUGAGGGAGAAACAUUUUUCAGCUCCUCAAGGACAAGAAAAAAAUAAAGAGCUUAAUUCUAAUCUAUUUCUUUCUCUGAACCAAAGGAUCCUCGUGAUGAAGAGCUCUUAAAUUUCACGAGUUUCAUAUUCUCUUACUCAGAGAGCUCAGAAGUGUUACUCAAUCCCUGUUUUGAAUUCUCUCCAACUCCUUCAAAUACCCUUCAUUUCCUUCCAGGAAUCAUGCAUCAGCGAUUUCCAGGAUUUUUUGCAAUCACUUUGAUCUUCAGUUGUUUUCCAUGGAAGCCAAAACCCACCUUUUCUUUUCCGCUCUUUUGCUCAACUUAGUCUUCCUCCAUGCGGACGCUACUCUGCAGACCUAUAUUGUGCAGCUUCACCCUCAAGGUGUAACCAGUUCUUCCUUCUCUUCCAAGUUCCAUUGGCAUCUUUCAUUUCUUGAGCAAACUGUUUCGUCAGAAGAAGACUUUUCUUCUCGGCUUCUUUACUCUUACAACUCUGCCAUGGAAGGUUUUGCAGCUCAGCUUUCUGAAUCAGAGGUUGAGUUGUUGCAGAAGUUGCCUGAUGUUAUUGCAAUUAGGCCUGACAGGAGGCUCCAAGUUCACACUACCUAUUCCUAUAAAUUUCUGGGACUUAAUCCCACAAGUAACCAAGAUAGUUGGUAUAAGUCUAGAUUUGGUCGUGGAACGAUAAUUGGAGUUCUUGAUACUGGAGUUUGGCCUGAGAGUCCAAGCUUCAAUGAUCAAGGAAUGCCACCAGUUCCCAAGAAGUGGAGAGGCAUUUGCCAGGAAGGGCAAGAUUUCAGUUCUUCUAAUUGUAACAGGAAACUUAUUGGCGCAAGGUUCUUCACUAAAGGUCAUCGUGUGGCUUCUAUUUCGUUGUCAUCAAACAUGUAUCAGGAGUACGUGUCGCCGAGAGAUUCUCAUGGGCAUGGAACUCACACAUCAUCCACAGCUGGAGGAGCUUCAGUUCCGAUGGCAAGUGUGCUUGGCAACGGAGCUGGCAUUGCACGAGGGAUGGCUCCUGGCGCUCAUAUUGCAGUCUACAAAGUUUGCUGGCUCAAUGGCUGUUAUAGCUCAGAUAUCCUAGCUGCAAUGGAUGUUGCAAUUAGAGAUGGAGUUGAUGUCCUCUCCCUCUCUUUAGGUGGCUUUCCAUUACCUCUUUUUGCAGAUAGCAUUGCAAUUGGCAGUUUUCGAGCAAUAGAGCAUGGUAUUUCUGUUAUAUGUGCAGCAGGGAAUAAUGGCCCUCUGCAGAACUCAGUUGCCAAUGAAGCUCCCUGGAUUGCUACCAUUGGUGCAAGCACACUUGACCGAAAAUUCCCUGCUAUAGUUCAAUUGGGUAAUGGACAAUACCUUUAUGGAGAAUCAAUGUACCCAGGAAACCAGUUGUCAAAUACUGUAAAAGAACUUGAACUGGUAUAUGUAACUGAUGAGGAUACAGGGAGUGAAUUUUGCUUUAGAGGAUCCCUGCCAAAGAAAAAAGUAAGCGGCAAAAUGGUGGUUUGCGAUAGAGGUGUCAAUGGAAGGGCAGAAAAAGGUCAAGCUGUGAAGGAAUCUGGUGGAGCUGCAAUGAUCUUAGCUAAUACAGAGAUCAAUCUAGAGGAAGAUUCAGUCGACGUCCAUGUCUUGCCUGCGACGCUAAUUGGUUUUGAAGAAGCAAUGCGCUUGAAAGCUUACAUAAACUCUACAAGUAAACCAAAAGCUCGAAUCAUUUUUGGAGGGACUGUAAUUGGGAAAUCCCGUGCACCAGCGGUAGCUCAGUUUUCAGCUAGAGGACCAAGUUUAACCAACCCUUCAAUCCUAAAACCAGAUGUAAUUGCACCUGGGGUAAACAUCAUUGCAGCUUGGCCUCAAAACUUAGGCCCUACUGGUCUUCCAGAUGAUCCUAGGAGGGUAAACUUUACAGUCAUGUCAGGAACAUCCAUGGCUUGUCCCCAUGUCAGCGGCAUUGCCGCCUUGAUCCGCUCAGCUCGCUCGGGAUGGACCCCUGCUGCUGUUAAAUCUGCAAUAAUGACUACUGCAGAUGUGACUGACCAUUCAGGACAUCCAAUAAUGGAUGGUAACAAACCAGCAGGACCUUUUGCGAUAGGAGCUGGGCAUGUAAACCCAGCAAGGGCCAUCAAUCCUGGAUUGAUAUACGAUAUCAGGCCAGAUGAGUAUGUCACUCACCUAUGUACACUUGGAUACACUAGAUCAGAAAUUUUCAUGAUCACGCAUAGGAAUGUGAGCUGCGAUGAACUACUGCAGAUGAAUAAGGGUUUCAGCCUCAAUUACCCUUCCAUUUCUGUAAUGUUCAAGCAUGGAACAACAAGUAAGACAAUCAAAAGACGACUAACAAACGUGGGGAGCCCUAAUUCCAUAUAUUCAGUGGAAGUGAGAGCUCCUGAAGGGGUCCAAGUGAGAGUAAAACCUCAAAGGCUAGUAUUCAAACACAUAAAUCAAACUUUGAGUUAUAGAGUAUGGUUCAUAACAAGGAAGACAAUGAGAAAAGAUAAAGUGUGUUUUGCACAAGGGCAUUUGACAUGGGGACACUCUCACAAUCAUCUUUACAGAGUUAGAAGCCCCAUUUCAGUCACUUGGAAGUAUAAAUAGCAGAGUUACAGAGUCACAGAUUGUUGUGAACUAGAUGGUCUAGGCUAUAGUUCACUACUGCUAUAGUGGUAUUGCAUCAUAUGAUUUUAGCAUUCUAAAAUUUGAUGGUGGAAUUUGUACUUGAUGGAAACAUCUUAGUUUCUCAUAUUAGAUUUCCAGUUUAAGAUGGUUGAAUUCAGAGAUCAACGAUACAUUGAUUCAAGGAAAUAAAGCUUUA